AUGAUGCUAAUAUUGAUAAUUAAUUUGGUACUUGCUUCUCUUGAUCAGUGCACCAUCUUCCUUAAUGAGACUGAAGUUGAAUCUGUUGGUGACCUAGUAUCCAAAUCACUAACAUCCAAUGCACCUGCUACCCUGGCCUCAUCAAUUAGUGGUGUUCUACUCAAUGCUGGCAAGUAUUACUCAAUAAAAGUCAUAAUGAAAAUGGAGACUGAACCCAAGGAAUUGAUCACACCAAAACAGCUGAGUCAAAGAAGACUCAACAAGUUGCUUGAAAAAUCAAUAUUGUAUGAUAUGAGAAGUGCAGUAGCCUUCUACGCAACAGGCCAUUUAAGUGAGACACAAUUUACUGAUUUAGAUAGAAAAGAUGUCAUACAAGUUGUACUUGAAGUAGACUCAAAUACGGGUGAAAUCCGUGUUGUUCCAGGUGGCAACCAGAAGAACGUGCUCCUACUCACUGUCACCCUCUCUAUUUCAAUCCGUAGAGAAAUAGGAUGUCUAGAACACAGCAAUCAUUCUUUAUCGUACAGUCCCACUACCAUGGAAUCAGUCAAAUCCCGUAUUGUACGAUGCAUCUUGGACUACUUUGAUCCUUAA